CAUGUCAUGUAUAAAAUGCAUAGCACAAGAGGCAUCCAUGUUGUCCAUAUGGGCGCCCGCCGCCCGAACUUAGGAGGGCGUGCCGGCUUUAGUUAUAAAAUCUAUGUAGGCUACAUGUAUGUGUCGAGCUACAUGUAGUUGGCUAGUUGCAAUGAUUUCUUUCUUUGUAAAUGGGCAAAAGAUUUUGUUGGAGAAUCCUGAACCAGAGACUAAGCUACUUGACUUGCUAAGGAAAUCUCCAGUGCAUUUGACUGGUACUAAGCAAGGUUGUAAUGUAGGAGGAUGUGGUGCUUGUACUGUAAUGAUAUCAAAAUAUUAUGCUUCAACUGAUGAAAUAAGGCAUUGGUCUGUUAAUGCAUGUUUAUUGCCAGUGUGUUCAUUAGAUGGACUAGCUGUUACAACUAUUGAAGGAAUUGGUAAUACUCAAAAGCUACAUCCUUGCCAAGAAAGUAUUGCUAGGUCUAAUGGUUCACAGUGUGGAUUUUGUACUCCUGGUAUGGUUAUGUCUAUGUAUACAUUAUUAAGGAACAAUCCAAAACCUACAGAAACUGAGAUGCAGUUAUCACUUCAUGGUAAUUUAUGCAGGUGUACUGGUUACAGACCAAUCUUGGAUGGGUUUAGGUCAUUCUGUAAAGAUUGUAGUUGCUCAGAAAAACAAGAAGAACUUAAGAAUUAUGGCAAUGAAAGAUUCAUUAUUGAACCAUCACAAGAAGUUAUUUUUCCUCCAGAAUUAAAAUUACAAAAUUCAGCAAUGACCUCGCUGCUUAUACAAGGAUCAAGAACAAAGUGGUAUCGUCCUAUAACAUUGAAUGAGCUCCUUACAAUAAGAGAGCAGUUUCCUGCCAAUUCAGAUAACAUGAUUGUUGCUGGGAAUAUUGGAAUUGGUUGUGACAAAUUAGCCAAACCUUCAGUUUUAAUAGCAGUUAGUUGUGUAAAUGAGUUACAAGUAUUAGAAAUUAAUGAGAAAGGUCUACUAGUUGGAGCAGCUGUCACUAUAGGAUGUCUUGAAGAGAAACUAAUGAAAACCAUGAAGUCUUUACCUGAAUCAAAGACCAAAUACUUUAAAGCACUUUUAGAUAUGCUGCAUUGGUUUGCAAACCCUCAAAUCAAAAACGUUGCUACAAUAGGGGGAAAUAUUGUGAAUGGUUGUCCUGGUUCUGAUCUUAUACCAGUAUUAAUUGUCGCUGGAACUAUUCUUAAUUUUGCUUCAAAAGGUUCAUUUAGAGAGACAGUUAUGACAGCAUCAUUCCACACUAAGAUGUCAGAUACAGAAAUUUUACAGUCAUUGAUAAUACCUUACUCUAAUGAGGAUAUUUAUGUUGCUGGAUAUAAACAGGCUAAAAGGAGAUAUGUUGCUACUGCUAUAGUUAAUGCAAGCAUGUCUGUUGAAAUAAAGAGAAUAGGUGAAGCAUGCCGCGUUGAAGACUGUAAAAUAAUGUAUGGUGGAAUGGGACAUACUGUAAUAAUGGCUGACAAAACACAGAAAAUGAUAAUUGGAAGGGAAUGGAAUUCAUAUUUAUUAAAUGAGGUUUAUGAAAGUUUGUCAUCUGAAAUAAAUUUCUCAAAUGACAUUGAAGGAGGAAUGGUGAAGUAUAGACAGCUCCUGUGUCUUUCUUUCUUUUACAAGUUUUAUCUUCAAGUUCAAAUGGAAUUGGGCAACUCACCACCUCUUGGUAAUGAAGAAUCUGCUUUAAAAGAUUUUAAAGCUGUACCUGCUAAAGGUACUCAAAUUUAUAGCAAAAAGUCUCCUCAGUCAUUAAAUGAUACCAUUGGGCAGCCAGUAAUGCAUUUAUCAGCAUUAGAACAAGCAACUGGAGAAGCAUUGUAUGUAGAUGAUAUUCCAAGUAUUGACGGUGAAGCAUAUGCUGGUCUUGUAAUGAGUGAGUGUGCACAUGCUAGAUUCAAAGUGGAUGCAUCAGGAUUAAAAGAAAUAGAGGACAUUCUUGGUUUUGUGUCAGUAGAUGAUGUACCUGGCAGUAAUACAUUUGGUGAUGACAAUUUUUUUGCUGAUGGUGUAGUAACAGCUGUUGGUCAAAUCAUUGGUAUUGUUGUGGCCAAGACAAAAGAAACAGCACAAAGAGGAGCAAGGAGUGUCAAAAUUGAUUACGAGAAAUUACCAACAAUUCUAACCAUUGAAGAAGCAAGAAAGGCUGAUAGUUAUUUUGGAGCGGCAAAUGAAUUUAAUAUUGGUAACAUUAGCGAGGGUCUAAAGUCUUCAUUUCAUAAACUUGAAGGCUCUAUUAAAAUUGGUGGCCAAAAGCAUUUCUAUUUUGAAACUUGUGCCUGUUUAGUGAUACCAAGGAGAGAGCAUAAAGAAAUUGAGCUAAUUUGUUCAUCACAAUUUCUUAACAGAUGUCACAAAAGCUUGUCAACAUGCUUGGCAAUUCCUUCAAAUAAAGUAGUGGCUAGAGCUAAGAGAAUUGGAGGGGGAUUUGGUGGCAAAUUGGUUCGUCCUUCUCUACUUUAUGCAGCAAUUGCUGUGGCUGCCAAUAAGUUUCAGGUUCCAGUGCGGAUUAUGCUUGAUCGAGAGGAAGACAUGCAAUUUGUUGGGUCGAGAUCUCCUUUUGUGGGAGUAUACAGUGUUGCAUUCAAUGAUGAAGGGAAACUUAUAGCUCUUGAUGUUCAGUUGUUCAGUAAUGGUGGUUCCACACUGGAUUUUUCUAAGUCUGUAAUGGAAACAGCACUAGUACAUUUGCAAAAUGUAUACAAUGUACCAAACGCUCACUUCAGUGGUAGAGUCUGUAAGACAAACAUACCAUCAUGCACUGCUAUGAGAGCAUACGGUAGACCACAGGCUCAACUUAUAAUGGAGUCCAUUAUGACUCAUGUGGCUCAUGAGCUUGGAUCUGAUCCUGUUAAGAUUAGAGAAAUCAACUUUAUAAAUGAUGGAGAGAAAUUAGUUUCUGGCAGAAGAAUGGAGGGGAGCACUUUAAAGAGAUGUUGGAAUGCUUUAAUUGAGAAAUGCAACUAUUACAAGAUAAAGGAAGAAGUAGACAUAUUUAACAAAUCUAAUUUAUGGAAGAAAAGAGGAAUAUCUGUCAUUCCAACCUGUAGUCGCAUUACACCCUUUGGUCAAGCAACUGCAUUAGUUCAUGUGUAUACUGAUGGAUCUGUUCUAGUGACUCAUGGGGGAAUUGAAAUGGGACAGGGGUUACAUACUAAAAUGGCUCAAGUUUGUGCUCGUUGUCUUGACAUACCUAUUAAUAGGAUACAUGUAUCAGAAACAAAUAUUGAUAAAGUUCCAAACUCUGCCCCAACUGGUGGAUCAAUUAAUAAUGAUAUAUAUGGAAUGGCAAUAAAGAAUGCAUGUGAACAGAUAAUGGAACGAUUAAAGCCUUUUAAGGAAGAUGAUGAUAACUGGGAAAAAAGGAUUAAUCGUGCAUUUGCAGCUGGAGUUAAUCUUUCAGCUCAAGGUUUUUACCAUCCACCUGAUGCUUGGGAAGGUACUGAAAAGGUUUCCUAUUGUUAUUAUUCUUUCGGAGUUGGUUUUUCAAUGGUUGAGGUUGAUAUAUUGACUGGAAAUUGGAAGGUGGUGCAGACUGAUAUAUUAAUGGAUGUUGGAGACAGCUUGAAUCCAGCUAUAGACAUUGGGCAAAUUGAAGGUGCGUUUGUUCAGGGGAUGGGUUUGUUCACUAUGGAGGAGUGUAGCUAUUUGUCUGAUGGAAGUCUUUAUACUGACAGUCCUACUACUUAUAAAAUACCAGGUUGUAGUGACAUACCUAUUGAGAUGAAUGUUACACUUUUGGAUAAUUGUCCUAAUAAGAAGGCAAUAUUCUCAUCUAAAGCUAUUGGUGAACCUCCAUUGUUCCUGGCAUCUUCAGUGUUUUUUGCUAUUAGAGAUGCUGUCAAGAGUGCUAGAGAAGAAAAAGGAGUUACUGGAUACUUUGAAUUUUUUAGUCCAGCCUCCACUGAGAGAAUAAGAUUGGCUUGUGAAGCAGACCAGCUCAAUCAAUAAAAUUAACACUAAGUUGACAUUUUUGUGUGACUUAUUUAUUCAUUGUUAAAUAAGCUGUUUAACUUUUGUUUAAUUGCUCACAAGCUAGGCAACAGUUAUGUACAGUA